AUGUGCAAAGCCGGCCUCGUUGCUGCUAACAAAGAAGCUGUGACGGCAGUUGACUGGAAGACAACUCAGGCUCUGGCAGGAUUUCGAAUCGGCCCGGCCCCACUUGAGGCUACCUUGGCCUGCCUGAGCGAGUGCAUGCUCGAAUGGGAGGAAAAGGGGACGCGACUUGGCCGAAGAGAUGUGUGGCUGAGCAUUGGCCAAUUCGUCUGUCUGCCCUAA